AUGACCAUUGAAGAUGACAAAUCACUUGCAACACAAGAAAAAUCUUAUGAUGAAGAAGAACCUGAGGGUAAAGUUGACUAUGUGGGUGAGUUGUACUCUGCUUUGAUUGAUCUCAAAGAGGAGACGAAGAAAAACAAAGAAAUGAAACAGGCAAAGCAGUUGAGAAGAAACAAUGUGCUAGAUGAGAUCUUGAGUGUCCAGAGAUCACCCCACAUCAAAACUGGACUUGGUUUUUCUCAAAGUGAAUCUUCAAAUACUAUAAAGACCAAGGGAAAUGGAACUGCAACAAACCUAGUAAGAUUUAUCAAGGAGCAACAAAAGAAUUCACAUGUUGACAAGUCUACCAAGCAGAGAAUGGACAAAGAUGGCUACACUAAAGUUAGUUAUCAGAAAUUCAUAGAUCAGAACAGAGAUUCAAGGCAGAGUCAGAAUUUCAAAGGGUAUUGUUAUGGAUGCAACAAAUUUAGGCAUAGAGUGCAGAUUGCAAAAAAGGCAUCCCAGAAGAAUUGUGAGGAGAAACACCCCCCACAGAAGCAGAUAGCUUUCAAGGCUCACAGCAAUGAGGCACCAUGGAUUCUUGAUAGUGGAUGCUCCACCCACAUGACAGGUGAUAAGGAUAGGUUCUUGAGCUUGAAUGCAGUGGAAGGUGGUUCUGUAAGAUUUGACAACAAUGAUGGGGCCAAGAUUAAAGGUAGAGGUUCAAUUAAGCUAGACAAGGGAAAGCUCAAAUCCAACAAUGUCUUGUAUGUGAGUGGGCUCAAACAUAAUCUCCUCAGUGUGAGCCAGUUAUGUGAUGAUGGGCAUGCAGUUCUUUUCAUAAAAGAAGAAUGUGUAAUCAAGAAGACAAAGAAUGGCAAGACAGUGGUGGCACAAGGAACUAGAACUAUAGGAAAUCUAUAUGUCUUAUUAGAUGUCGGUGAAGAUAAAUGCAUGUUGAGCCAAGAGGAUGAGAAUUGGCUAUGGCAUAGAAGGUUGGGACACAUCAACUUCAAGAAUCUUGCCAAGCUUAGUAAGAGGAAGCAGUGA